AUGGACUUUAUCAAGAAGAUGGCCGAUGGGGCUGGCGGCAACGGGGGCAACCAGCCUGCUGGGAGUGGUGAGAACAACCAGAACAACCAGGGCGGUGGUGAUGGUGGUGAUUUUGGGAGCAAGAUCAUGGGCUCUUUUAAUAAUAUGGCUGGUGGGGGUAAACAGGGCGAGGAGAAUGAGGAUGGGCUUGAUAAAGCCGUCGACUUUGUUCAAGAAAAGUUCCUGGGUAAGGGAGAUCAGAGCAACGAGUCUGCUGCCGAACAGGCCAAGGACGAGGCCAUCUCCGAUUUCAUCAGGGACAAGUACAAGGAGACUACUGGAAAGGACUUCUUCGUCGCGGACAAGGAUAAGAAGUAUGGAGCUUAG